UCCCCAAAUUUGUCCCUUUGACCGCAAAUCUCCCCCUCUGCCCCCAUAUUAUCCCUCCAUCCCCACCCCUGACCCCAAAUCUCCCCCUCUGCCCCCAUACCGCCCCUCCGUCCCCACCGUUGUCCCCAUGUCCCCCCCCGUCACCUGGGGGGUGGCCCUGGGGGUGGCCCUGGGCGCUGUGGGGUGGGCGCUGUUGGUUUCCUCUCUGCCCCACAGUGCCUGGGGGGUGGGGGGGGGGCAGGUGACGGUGGUGGCGUCUGUCACCAACACCCGCGGGCUGUGGAGCGAUUGUGUCACCGACGCCAGCGGGGGUGACAUCGUGUGUCCCACUGCAGUCACUGCUCACACUGCCCGGUUACCUGCAGGGCAGCCGAGCGUUGGCUGUGGGAGCGGCAGCUGUGGGGACCCCCGGCCCACUUCUCCCCUUCUUGGGGGGUCCGGGGGGGGCGACGGAGGGGUCGGAUCCUGGGGGGGGCGCUGGCUGCUGCUGGCAGCUCUGGGUGCCGCCGGUGCCUCCGUGUGGUUUGGGGUCGCUGUCACUCAGGAGUUCUUCGACCCCCAACAUUCGAGCGUCAGGUAUGAGCCCGGCCCGGGGUUGUUCCUGGCCGGGGGGGGGGCGAUGCUUUUGGGGCUGGGGGGGGCAGCGCUCCUCCUUGCCGCGCGGAGGACCCCCCCCAGAACACAACGACCCCCAGGUGAGAAACUCCCCCCCCCCCCCAAAAUAAUGGGAACCCCAAAACCGUGGCGUCCAACCCCAAUAUUAGGGACCCCCCCCCCUCCAAUCUGCCUCCAUCACAUAACGCCCUCAUCGCUAUCAUGCCCCCCCCCCCCCAUUAAAAUUAGGGACCCCCACCCUAAAGCCACCCCCCCAAAACUGGAAGCCCCCCCCACCCAAAACUGGGACGCCCCCUCAAAAAAAUAGGAAUGCCUCCAAAUUGGGGUCCCCCCCACCCCAAACACGCUCUCAAAACUGGGGAUCCCCCCCCCAAAUUAGAACCCCAGCCCCAAAUAACAGUGAAAUCCCCCAAAACCGGGACCCCCCCACCCCAAACUG